AUGCCCCACGUCUCAACCUCAGACGAUAUAACAACUAUCAACUACACGCUCGAAUGGCCGUAUCUUGAGAAUCCUAGCAACACAACCUUUGCCGGCCCGACACAGAUCGAUAGAUGCAGGUGUCCAAGCUCAACUCUUCCCCAGCAAAAAGAUAAAGAAUCAGGCCACAUCUACACCCGCUACGAGUGUGUCGGGCCCGAAGUCCGCUUCCACCCACCAGAGGAAAAGCUAUGGGUUCUCCAAGCGCCUCACGGACCCAUAAACAUGCUCCGGCCCGCGACGAGAGCAGAAACUGAACGGAGAGAGGCCAUCCACAAUGAAGCUGAACCCACAGUGUACGCAGGCAAGAACUUUCUCUUCCUUACUGGUCCAUGCCCGCGGGGACGAUACCAGGCCUACGCCACUCUACAGUUCCUAAAGUCGUUGAGCUCUGAGGCUAGGAAGAAUUUCGAUUGCCUAAGCCUCCUCAUCCAACCCUACGAAGAGGACUGCUCUAACGAUUUCUCCCAAAAGUCUUACGCUGAACUCGCAGACUAUAUAGUUCAUCAUAUGUCAGGUUUUCGCACACUCUGUCUGAACAUCUGGGACGAUGAGAUGAGAUUACGGAGAGCAGCUAGCGAGUAUAGCCUUCUCUUACACAAGGAGGAUGCGAAGAUUGUGGUGGGGUGUAGUUGGUGGAGAGGAGAAGUGAAGGAGUACAACAGUGUCAAGACGUUUCUAGAGGCCAUGACUACCACGGUAGCGAGGGACACAAAGGGGCGAAGACUCGAUCUUAGAGAGCAGGGCCUCGAGAAGAUGAGCGAUGGACAAGGAGAGGACCUAAGGAAAGGGUUAUGUAGUAACUAUCAGGGUAAGAGUGAGGUGAUACCAACGCAAGAGGACUAUCUUUCAGACGAUGAAUGGACUGAUGCGACGUUGAGUCCGGUCUCACAUACUGGCGAUGAGGAGGGAAGCUGGCAAGUGCUCUAA